GCACCGAGGCGUUGCCGCUUUCCCUUCCGCAGCUUCGAGAUGGAAGCCACGCUCACAGCCAGCGAGAUCCGGCAGCGCUUCAUUGACUUCUUCAAGGCAAACAAGCAUACCUAUGUGCACUCGUCUUCUACAAUCCCCCUGGAUGACCCCACGCUGCUCUUUGCCAACGCUGGUAUGAAUCAGUUCAAACCCAUCUUCCUCAACACCAUCGACCCGUCGCACCCCUUCGCUAAACUCAGCAGAGCCACCAACACUCAGAAGUGCAUCAGAGCAGGGGGCAAGCACAACGACCUGGAUGAUGUGGGGAAGGAUGUGUACCACCACACCUUCUUCGAGAUGCUGGGCUCCUGGUCCUUCGGGGAUUAUUUCAAGGAACUUGCUUGUAAACUGGCGCUGGAGCUUCUCACCAAGGAGUUUGGCAUCCCUGCUGAGAGACUCUACGUCACUUAUUUUGGUGGAAAUGAGGCUGCAGGACUGCAACCGGACCUGGAGUGCAAGCAGAUAUGGUUGAAUUUGGGGCUGGCUGAGGGCAGGAUUCUGCCCGGCAACAUGAAGGAUAACUUCUGGGAAAUGGGGGACACGGGCCCCUGCGGCCCUUGCAGCGAGAUCCACUACGACCGCAUCGGGGACAGAGACGCUUCCCACCUCGUCAAUCAGGAUGACCCCAACGUCCUGGAGAUCUGGAACCUGGUGUUCAUACAGUUCAACAGGGAAGCUGAUGGGACACUAAAGCCUCUUCCGAAGAAAAGUAUCGACACCGGGAUGGGCCUGGAGAGGCUGGUCUCUGUGCUGCAGAACAAGAUGUCCAACUACGACACCGACCUUUUCCUUCCUUACUUUGAAGCCAUCCAGAAGGGUACGGGUGCGAGGCCGUACAUGGGGCAGGUCGGCGCUGAGGACGCCGACGGUAUCGACAUGGCCUACCGCGUGCUGGCCGACCACGCACGGACCAUCACGCUGGCCCUGUCGGACGGGGGCAGGCCUGACAACACUGGCAGAGGGUACGUGCUGAGGCGGAUCCUCCGACGGGCCGUGCGUUAUUCCCACGAGAAGCUCAAUGCCCCCAAGGGUUUCUUUGCUACGCUGGUUGACGUGGUGGUGCAGUCACUGGGAGACGCUUUUCCUGAGCUGAAGAAGGACCCAGAUAUGGUGAAGGACAUUAUCAAUGAAGAAGAGGAUCAGUUCUUGAAGACGCUCAGCAGAGGACGUCGCAUCCUCGACAGGAAGAUCCAGAGCUUGGGUGACAGUAAAACCAUCCCAGGCGAUACUGCCUGGCUGCUGUACGACACCUACGGCUUUCCUGCGGAUCUCACCGGGCUCAUUGCGGAGGAGAAGGGCCUCGUGGUGGACAUGGAGGGCUUUGAAGAAGAGCGGAAAAACGCGCAGGUACGUACAAAGCUCCUGGAGGAGUGUGGUGGUUUGACCCUGGCCG